AUGUCGGAUGAUGUACCUCAGUCUCAAAUAAGCUAUUCAAGCUUUGAAUUUCUUCUACAAGAGAUUGUCCCCACAUCAAUUCGCGUAUCAAAAGCACUAUCAUCGAAAUCAACCGAUCAACCACUAAUAUCCAAACCUUCAAGCAACAGCAGCAGCAACAUCACCAACAACGAUCCCCAUUUCAGCCAAACUCGAAUUGACACGGAACUUUCAUCCAUCACCAAUGACUUUCCAGGCACUGUCAAUAUACUAGACACGUCUUUACUCCAAACCGACGACGUCACGAUCAGAAUUGAACAACUAGGCUUUAACUUGGGCCUCAAGAUAGCUGAGAUAUUACUAUACCAAAACUCGUCCACAAAGAUUAUUGAUAUAUUGGAUAUAAUGAAGUUCAUAUGUCGGGACGUUUGGAAAUGCAUUUACAAUAAACAAAUUGACAAUUUACGAACUAAUCAUCGAGGUACAUUUGUCUUGAUUGAUAAUAACUACAGAUUGAUUAGUCAGUUUAGCGGUAAUAGAGGUGGUGCUAACAUUGAAGCGGUUGCAAGUGGUGGCACUGGUACUGGCACUGCCACGGAUCCAGAUACUUUGAAAAAGUCAAAAGUGUAUCUUUGGUUUCCAUGUGGCGUGAUUAGAGGAAUCUUGAUGAGUUUUGGGGUAGAAAGUAAUGUGGUUGCUGAAGUUACUCAGUUCCCCGCAGUUCUGUUUAAUAUUCAUACCAGUAUAAAUAAUUAG